AUCACUACCUGCUCACUUGAAAUCUGAAGAUGAGUCACCACUUGUCCAUGGCAGCGUGCAAUCCUCCAGAGCUAAUGCUUAAGCCUACAGGAAAGUAUCAACUGCCUCGUCUCUGUUGGUUUCUACCUUUUUUUACGUUGUUCUGUUUGUUACUUGUUUACUUUCAUUUUGUUAGAGUUGGUAACAUAGAUGAGUUCAUAAAAGUAGAGCCUAAUCCAUUCCCAACUCAGUCAUCCAAGGCACCUCAUCUACCACCGCCGGCGGACAGUUAUCCGUUUAUUCGGGCUUUGAGAACAGUAGAGAACAAGAGUGAUCCUUGUGGGGGAAGGUACAUCUAUGUCCAUGACCUUCCUCCACGGUUCAAUGAAGAUAUACUCGAAGAGUGCAAGUCUCUCAGCCUCUGGACUGAUAUGUGCAAGUUCAUCACCAAUUCUGGGCUUGGCCCCCGACUGGAGGAAGAUAUCAAAGGGGUUUUCUCCAAUACUGAAAUGUAUGCAACCAACCAGUUUGCUCUGGAUGUGAUCUUCACCAACAGAAUGAAGCAGUAUGAAUGCUUGACGCGAGAUUCUUCAAUUGCCGCCGCCAUUUUUGUUCCAUUCUAUGCUGGAAUGGAUAUUUCCCGCUACCUUUGGGGUUAUAACACCUCUGUUAGGGAUGCAUCAUCUCUAGCUUUGGUGGAUUGGCUUGUCAAGAAACCAGAGUGGAAGGUCAUGGGUGGUAAGGAUCAUUUCCUUGUUGCUGGUAGAGUAACUUGGGAUUUUAGAAGAUCAACCGAUCAAGAUUCUAGGUGGGGUAACAAGCUUUUUACUCUUCCAUCUGCUAAGAACAUGUCAAUGCUCGUGGUUGAAUCGAGCCCGUGGAAAGGGAAUGAUUUCGCUAUACCAUUUCCUUCUUACUUUCAUCCAUCGAAGGAUUCACUUGUGUUUGAAUGGCAGGAUCGGAUGAGGAAAUUGGAAAGACCAUGGCUUUUCUCAUUUGCAGGAGCUCCAAGACCUGGGUAUCCCAAAUUAGUUAGAGGACAGAUCAUUGAGCAAUGCAAGAAAUCCAAUCUCUGUAAGUUAAUAGAAUGUGGAAUUGGGCAGAGUAAGUGUCAUUCUCCAAGCACUGUAAUGCAAAUGUUUCAGAGUUCUCUGUUUUGCCUUCAACCUCAAGGUGAUUCAUUUACAAGAAGAUCAGCUUUUGAUUCAAUUUUGGCUGGUUGUAUACCUGUGUUCUUCCAUCCUGGUUCAGCUUACACACAGUACACUUGGCAUCUUCCAAGGAAUUAUUCAAAAUACUCUGUUUUCAUUCCAGCUGAUGAUAUUCGUUUAAGAAACGUUAGUAUAGAGGAAAGGCUUCUGCAAAUUUCUCCAGAGCAGGUGAAGAUGAUGAGGGAAGAGGUUAUAAGUCUCAUACCAAGGUUGACGUAUGCAGAUCCAAGGUCUAAAUUGGAGACUCUUAAAGAUGCAUUUGAUGUAGCUGUGCAAGCUGUUAUAGACAAAGUUACUAAGUUGAGAAAGGAUAUCAUUGAAGGUCAUGAAGAUCUUAACUUCAAUGAGGAGAUUUCUUGGAAAUAUGCUUUGUUAGAGGAUGGAGAAAGUGGGGUAAGGCCUCAUGAAUGGGAUCUUUUCUUUUCAAAUGGGGAUUCAGAUGGUUCAUCUAGUCAACCCUGA